GUGAUCGGGAAUCCAACAUGGCGGACGAAAUGAGGGAAAAAGUGGCUCAACUUUUAAAGGGAAUUGACAGGUAUGAAAGCUGACGGCUGCUGUUUAACUUACAAAACAACUCAAAACUUGUUACUGCAUAGAUUAGUAUAGGUAGAAGGUAGUAAGAAACCUAUUGUGAAGAAAACGUGGUGGUCUUUUGAUCACGUGUCGGAAAUAACUGAUAGAAAGAUUACAGCAAAAUUAUUUUGUGAGGAUUUUCUGGUUGUUUCUAUCCAUGAAGUUAUAAAUUUGCUUACUUGAUUUAAGACCAAAUCGUUUCUUUUGUUUUAGGUACAAUCCGGAAAAUCUGACAACACUUGAAAGCUAUGUUCAUCUUCAGGUAGGAACAAGAAAUUUUAGCUCAUGUACUUCAAUAAAGGCAUUUUCCAUAAAUUAUUAUAGCCUUUAUGAACCCUUGUUCUGAGGUUAAGCUAUCUUGUUAUGGUUGCUCUCAAGCAAUUUUGACCUAUGAGACAACUACCAUAAUAAAACCAAAACCAUCAUGAGACAAAACAAGAGGAAUGAAUGUGUAACAUACCUCGUUCUUUAAAGCGAUAAUGAGAUGAAAAAAGUGGUAUUAAUGUGUAAUAAUUAUAUCUCGCUCUUAAUCCUUGAUGAACAAUGAAACAAGCGUGAUAAAUGAGUACUAUAUCUUGUUCUCUAAUCUUCAUUGAGAUGAAACAAGUGCAAUAAAUGUGUAAUAAGAAUGCUUGAGGAUGUUGUUGAGCAGGAUAAAAUUUGUAGCGACAUAUAUAACUCUGCUUUUCUGGUGACUUGACAGUAAGUUUCGGGCGACGUGAGUCUGAGUCAUGAGUCUUGACAGUAAACUGAAUUCUUCGACUGAGUUACUCCUCCUCUUUUGUUCUAGGUCUAUAAUAACGUCUAUGACCUGGAUGCAAAUCUUGCUGUUUUAAAAUUGUGAGUACAAGUCUAUGUACAAUGUACAUGUAUUUCAUUGCAAGUGCCAUAUAACAUGAUUUUGGCUAGAUUGCAGAAUACCUGGCCCACUAAAUAUCUAACUUAAAAAGCUGCUCCUGCAGUCCCAAAACCUAUAACCUUAACUUUCUGACAUUUACAUGGAAAUUGGAACAUCUCCUCUGAUGCUCAUUUGCCAUUAGAGAUUGCUUGUUGCUUGCAAGUAGAGGUGAAUGCUGUCAGUGAAUUUUUUCCUUAUCUCCAAGCUAACUAAUCCGAUUGUGUUGUAAGUGCCAUAUUCACUCUAAAUGCAUUGCCUUCCCUCAAGCCGUUUUGAUGUAUGAACACCCUACAAUUUUAGAGAACCUGUUCAUUAGAUUACAGUGUUAUACAAUAAAAAAUCUGUUACAUGUAGUACAAAAACGAGCAGUCAAAAAACCUAUCAGAUGAAGGCAUCCUAUCAUCUUGUGUUGUAUUGACCGGGGGCCAAACCAGUCCCAAACAGGCUAUAGAUACCAAUUAAAAACUAAACUCUUUCAUUACUAGCAUCCAAACUUACUAAUAAUUAAUAAUAUUUUCAUAUUAGGUACCAGUUCAAUCCUGCUUAUCACCAAACUACAGUCACCAUGCAGAUCCUGCUGAAAGCUCUUAUGACUCUACCAAAUGCUGACUUCAUUAUGUGCAGAUGCCUAAUUGAUGAUGCUAAUGUAUCCUUCCUGUUAUACCUUUUUAAAAUAAUAUUAUUAGAACAGUAGCAGAAGUAGUAGCAAGAGCAGCAGCAGUAGCAGCAGUGAUAGUGGUGGUAGCAGUAGUAGUAGUAUCAUUUUUAUCAUUAUUACUUAUUAUCAAUUCAAACCAUUAAGAAAUAAAAGAAGCUACCGGUCUGUACAAAGAAGGCAACUCCUUUUUGGGGAACACCUUUGCACCUGAGAGUUAGUAUCCCUAUAUGUUUGUUGGGGAAAAUCUGACAGAGGGGUCUAGACUUGUACCCACUAUUGAAUCUUUUUUACCUGGCCCAUAUUAUUUUUUCUAGUACAUUUCAAUGAUAAUGUACAAUGUACAUGCUACUUGAGGCAUGAAAUUGCACUCCACUGUAAAUGAUGGAGCUUCAAAAGACUUCUAUUUCUUCUUUGAUGAAUUUAACUACUCAGGAAAUGGUGUCAAAAACUCUCAUUUUAUAACUGUGUGCGAAUGUCGGGCAAAGGUGAAGACCCCUGGACUCAGACCCCCAUAGAUCCACCACUACCACAUCAAUUUAAAAGUGUGUUACAUGCACCUCAGCUGCCAUUAACUAAACGAAAAAUUGACUUGCUAUCCUUGACAUUCGUCAGCAACAGGAUCCAGCUAUAGCUAGUGUUAUCAAACUCGCAGAACUGUUGGAAACCUGUAACUUUUUGGAGGCUUGGGUAGGCUCUUGUUUGAUGUUUUAUUAAAAUAAAUGUGUUAUAAUGUAGUCAUCAGCCAGGUAUAAAACCUUUCAAAUCAAAAAUUAAAGUUAUUUUAUGUCUAUAUUGUUCUUCACAUGUAUGUUUUGUUCACUUAUUUUUUAUUAUGAUAGUGUACUUUUCUGGCCCCAGUUGGCUUAAAGAUGGUUAAUGCUAUCCACUGAAUAGUGCAAUUGGUUUUUCUUUGUACCUAUCUGUUGGAUACAGAUUUAUCUGGUGAAUAGCUCGCUCUCCAAUGGGGCCUGCCUUAUUAAAUGUGUAGUUUUCCAACACCCUUUCUACAACUUUUUCAUGUCAAUUUUUUUUUUUUCAGAAAUACCUAGAGGAAGAAAGUUCUCUUGUGGAGGGUGUUGUAGGAUUUCAUGAUGCAAUAAGAAAAUGUAAGCUUAGUUGACCCUUGACUAACGUUCACCCCUACAGGAUAAUGGCAAUGGAACCUUGUUAUUUAAUCCAUUACCAAAUUGUCCUUCAUUCCUCAGAGCCACGUGCAACAAGUGAUAAAAUGAAAUUUUGCAAAUUAAUGGUACAGGAUAAUGGCGUUGGAACCUUGUUAUUUAAUCUAUUACCAAAUUGUCCCUCUUUCCUCAGAGCCACAUGCAAUGAGCAAUAAAAUGAAUUUAUGCAAAUUAAUGGUAAAAAGGAGGAGAGAUUGGCUUCCACCCUCGUUCCUCGUGGCUUCGCUGCUCGCUCCUCACAAUGUGCUCCCAUCUCCAUGACUCAAAAGAAAAAUAAGGGAUUGCUCACAGUCUAUUACCAAAUACUUAAUUUUUUUCUCCUUCUUCUUUCAAAUUUCUGGACAAUGCUUUAUUUGUACAUAUAGUUUGAUUAAGAGUCUUUCAUUGCAUGUUUACAGCCACGUUUCCUGUAUCUGUUUUAUUUUGUACAGAUGUUAGCUAUGUCAUAGGAAUAACAUAUCAAACAAUAGACAAAAGCCUUAUCUCUGAACUUCUUGGAGGGCUCCAAGGUAUGUGAUUUAUAGGGUGAUGUAACAUGUUGCUUGACAAGUGGAUGAUAAAAGAACAGUACAAAUAAUUACAGUUUACUCAUCAAAAACCAGCUCCUGUGAGAACACAGUAUACAAAACACCCAACUUUUCCCAGUCAAAACCCUAUAAGCCUCCCAUAAAUGAACCCCUCUUGUAAGCAACCACAACCACUUUUCGCUCUGACAGUUUUAUAAUUUUCCAUUAUUUUUAAUCUCUUGUAAGCAAACACGUGAUGCAUGGUGUGAUCUCUUUGUUUUCUUAUACACAUAUUCCAACACUCAGAGUAUAGAAGGAACAUAUAUUCAGUGACAUGGAACUACACCUGUUUUUACUUAGAAAUUGCAUGCAAUAAAUUCUCUUCCAACAAGUAGAUGUGUCGGGACCUCUUCUUGGAUGAAACCCCUUAUGAUUUGAUUCUUGUUUUAGGCAACCACCUCCUGUAAGUGACCUUUAAUUCUUUUGCAUUUUGGUACUGGAAGUUUGACCGUAAGAUCAUUAUUAUACAGUUUUUCUUUUCAUUGACCAUCAGGACAAAAGCACAAAAUACCAGCUUGGACAAUGUUCCUUGAUUGGCACAUAAUUAUUCUAGAAGGAACAGUAGAUGUUGAAGGUUCUUAAACAUCGAGUCAGUAAAUAAUCUUACUAGUAAUAAUUUUAGAUCAUUCUACCCGUCUGGGAAACUGACCACCCACCCCUUCCCUAAGCCAACAUUUUGCAUUAAGUGAGAAGUAAGUGUUGAUGUUGACUUAGGGGAGGGGUAGGUGAGCAGUUUCUCAGAAAUGUAUAAUGAUCCAUAAUUUUUUUCGUAGGGGAUGAACUUGAUAACUGGAUCAAAACACAGAACUGGACACUCAAAGAGGAUGGAAAAGUAUUUAUUUGUAACCAAGAUGCACACAUCAAAUCCAAAAAUAUUGCAGAGAAAAUCGAUUUUGACAGUAAGUGA